GAGAAGGUGUGGGUGAUGGUGACGGAUGAAGGGGCGUGGGAGAUGGAGGAGGGGCUGAAUGUGAAGGAGAAGGUGAGGGUGAUGGUGACGGAUGAAGGGGCGUGGGAGAUGGAGGAGGGGCUGAAUGUGAAGGAGAAGGUGGUGGUGAGGGUGAGGGUGAUGGUGACGGAUGAAGGGGCGCGGGAGAUGGAGGAGGGGCUGAAUGUGAAGGAGAAGGUGAGGGUGAUGGUGACGGAUGAAGGGGCGUGGGAGAUGGAGGAGGGGCUGAAUGUGAAGGAGAAGGUGGUGGUGAGGGUGAUGGUGACGGAUGAAGGGGCGUGGGAGAUGGAGGAGGGGCUGAAUGUGAAGGAGAAGGUGGUGCUGGUGGUGGUGAGAGUGAGUGGUAAGCAACGAUGGGUGAUUGUGGGAGUGAAGGAGGCUGAGAAACAAAAUUAG